GAGUCGGCAUGGGCUAUUUCGACUGUUACUGCAUCCCUGCUGUCAACGCUUCUGUAUGGUCGCCCGAUAACCCAAAUCCACAGUCUUCUCGACACUACUACGUGGGACAAUCACAGAAUGCUACGUUCGAGGUCCAUCAGGGAAACGACACUUCGAACACCCCGUGGAUCGGACUUAUCAUGAGUGAGACUUACGAAAGCACCGGACAGCUAUUCCAGCAAUGGUGGUUCCUUCGCGAAGAUGAACCCGGGUUCCACACCUUCACCAGGCUGCAGUUCGAUAACGGGUCGGAAGGCGUUAAUCUUGGCAAUCUUCAAGAGUUUCGUCAAGUUAUCUCACCGAACAGCCCUAUCUGGACUCACCUUGUCACGAACGAGAUUCAAUACGGUCAUCUACCUUCCGCCGCAGCAACGGCGAACGAAACGACUGUGCAAGAUGCUACUUGGUACUUCAACGUCAGUAACAAUAAUCCAUACAAGUCCGAGAGCUCUGAUUACUUUACGAAAUACGAAUGGGCAGACUUGUAUGGCGACCACUUUGCGCACGGUUUCUAUGCGGAUGGAAGCUCUUCCAACAGCUCGUCCAACGUCACAACCAACGGCACGACACUCGGUCUUUGGACAGUGUUCAACAACCUUGAGGGGUAUACCGGCGGACCUUUGAGGUCUGAUUUGGUCGUAGACACCAACAUCUACAACUACUAUGCUUCAAACCACCGAGGAGCUUCCACCAUGAACAUCACAUCCGGCUUCGACAGGAUCUUUGGUCCCACUUUCCUCUACCUCAACAAGGACGGCGAUCUUCAGAGUCUGUACGCUGACGCCAAAAGCUACAGCAAUUCGUCCUUCGCUGCCGACUUCUACGACGACGUCGCCGACCUUAUCCCUGGCUACACACCGUCGUCACAACGAGGCGACUUCAACGCUCAGAUCAAACUCCCGACCAAUGCGACAAACGCCAAGGUUGUUCUAGCACAAAAUCGCGUAGACUUCCAAGACAACCCGACCGCCGUCAAUGUUGCUGUUGGCCAGUAUUGGGCCAACGUGUCAUCCAACGGCACCGUAUCUAUCCCACGCGUUAAAGCUGGGACUUAUCGAGUGACUGUUUAUGCCGAGGGCGUCUUUGGUCAAUAUGAGCAGGAUGAUGUGGUGGUCAGUGCUGGGGAUGGAAACGAAGCACCGUUCUUCAUCGAGUGGAACGCCGAAUCGAAUGGAGCCGAACUUUGGAGGAUCGGUGUACCGGACAAGACUGCUGGAGAAUUCCGUCACGGGUUUGCCAAGGACAACAACCACUCGUUGCAUCAAGAAGAGUAUCGUCAAUACUGGGGUGUUUGGGAUUUCCCUACAGACUUCCCUAAUGGUGUCAACUACACUAUUGGCAGAAGCGACCCCGCCAAAGACUGGAACUAUGUCCAUUACAGCAUCUACGGAGGAACUUAUACGCGUCCUGGCUAUGUGGUGGACAACGUGAACGUCUGGACUGUCAACUGGGCUCCGGACGGAGAUCUGGAUGUGACCGGAAAGACCGCUGCUCUUACGAUCCAGCUCGCCGGUGCCAGGACUGCUUCAGGAAACUUGGACAUCCCAGAACCGACAUCAAACUACUCCAACGUCGACUACACCGUACGAGUGAACGACAACGACCCGCUCGUCUGGACCAUCAACUACAAUCAGAGCUCCAGCUGCUCCGACCGAAGUGGCAUCGCUUGCUAUACCUUGAGCCGUCUGUUUACCUUCCCAGGAGACUGGCUCAACAACAACACCAACAACGUCUUCAAGCUUGAGCUUCCUUACAACGCCAGCGGGGGCGACGUCAACUUCAGAGACCACUCUGUGGCUGUUAUGUAUGACGCCAUCCGGCUUGAGAUUUCGGACUAG